AUGCUGCAAGACAGCGUCUCCAGCCCUACGUGUCACACAUCCCCCUGGGUGCUGCGUGUGAGCCUCUCCCCUCGCCUGCAUUCCCCCAACCCUCGAUUAGAGUCGUCCCAGCCCCCAGCAUCUCUGAGACUCGACUGCCAGGCUCCAAAAACAUUGAUCACCUUUGGAGAUGGCCUCCGAUUCAUCGCGAGUCCACACGAUGGGGUCGUGCGCCUCUUGCACACAUCAGCUCUGUACCAGCCCUUGGGAGAGAUGGGGAGGGUCCCGGAGCCCGAGAACCACAGCUCUGCAGAGAAGUCACCACCUGAGCCAGGAAGCUGGGUUUUGCCCCAGAGAUGGGGGUCCGUCCUGGGGCCUUCCUGGGUCCUGGGCAUGACAAUACGGAGCCCACGCUGGGAUCCCAGUGGUGCUCUGCUCUUCUGUCUCGUGCCUGACAUCUUUGACUUAGAAGGGAGCGAGUGGAUCAUCAAAUGCCUGCUGAGAGGAGGCAAUUUUGUGCCUCCUGUGUGUGGCCGGUGGGCAGCGGAGAGGAACUGCCGGAGCGCUGCCGGCACCUUCCUAAGGGACCUCAGACAUUCCAGCCCCUCGUGCUGUGGGACUCGGGUCCCUCCUCGUAAGGUCAGGCUCUCUGCAAGGGCUGCAGCAGCUGGGCUCUCCCGGCUCCGGGAGGCUGCCGAAGACCCUGCCUUCUGCCAGAGGCCGGCUGCCCCUGGUCCCAUGUGUGAGCAUACUCUGUGGAAGCUGGCGGGCCCGCACAUGGGCUCCUUGAGAAACCUGAGCCUGAGGGAGAGUCCUGAGCACCACGAUGAGGGGUGCCGGGUGUCCACGCCAUGGAGCUCAGCGAUGCUGUGGCCACACUGCCGUCACUGCCUAGUUCCGCUGUGUCCCCACAGCCAGGACCCCCGGGAGCUAGGGGUUAUGGAGGCCUUGACUAAAUUGGGCCAUCUCUACCCUGAGGCUCUGAAUAGCCUGGCUCCAUUCAGUAGAAACGGCAGAGCUGUGAAUACCCUUGCUGUUUCUCCUUCCAGCGAUGGAGCCCUCACUACCUCUCUGAAGGUGCGGGUGGACGCCACGUGUCUGGCACGUGCAGGGCCCUUCCUGCCGUGGUGUCCGGCCAGUGCUGCCAUCCAGGGACGGGACCCUUGGAGAGGGGCUCAGGUCACCAAGGAGGAGGAGGUGGGCAGUGGGUCUUCCCCCUCCCUGGACUUUUCUUUGCCUUUGGCUGUGGUUGCUGUGGAAGACAUCACCAGGGAAGCCACCCGUUGGUCCUUGGAUGUAACAACGCUGGUUUCCCCUUCUGGGAGUCAAGGAGAAAAUCCUGAGGACAGCUGCACUGACCGAGCCCCCUUUGCACAGUUCUUCAGAGGUGGCCAGAGCCUGCUGGGGUUUGUGGCUCGAAGGACCCCUGGAGACCAAGAGUGGAGGGCUGGGAAGGGUGCCACCGUGUCCCUCUCGGAGACAGUGCAGAAAUGGCGAGAGUACCGACGCCAGUGCCAGCGCUUCCUGACCGAGGCUCCACUUCCUGCCACAGGCCUCUUCUGCAACCGGACCUUCGACGACUAUGCCUGCUGGCCGGACGGGCCCCCUGGAUCCUUCGUGAAUGUCAGCUGCCCCUGGUACCUCCCCUGGGCCAGCAGUGUGCUGCAGGGCCACGUGUACAGGUUCUGCACGGCGGAGGGCCUCUGGCUGCACAGGGACAACUCCAGCCUGCCCUGGAGGGACCUGUCGGAGUGCGAGGAGUCCAAGCGAGGGGAGAAGAGUUCCCCUGAGGAGCAGCUCCUGUCCCUUUACAUCAUCUACACGGUGGGCUACGCGCUGUCCUUCUCUGCCCUGGUCAUCGCUUCGACCAUCCUCCUGGGCUUCAGCAGCCAGUCAGGCAGUGCAGCUGGAGAUGCCUACAUCUCCCUGAGGGUGGGUGCAGAGGCACGUCACAGGAAGGAGAGUCCUCAGGUGGCCUGCCAGCGCCCUCCCUUUGUGUCUCCCUCUCUCCUCUUAGGUGUUCCCCUGCUGUUUGUCAUCCCCUGGGGCAUUGUCAAGUACCUCUAUGAGGAUGAGGGCUGUUGGACCAGAAACUCUAACAUGAACUACUGGCUCAUUAUCAGACUGCCCAUUCUGUUUGCCAUCGGGGUGAACUUCCUCAUCUUCAUCCGAGUCAUUUGCAUCGUCGUGUCUAAACUGAAGGCCAAUCUCAUGUGCAAGACGGAUAUCAAAUGCAGGCUUGCCAAGUCCACCCUGACGCUCAUCCCCCUGCUGGGGACCCACGAGGUCAUCUUUGCCUUCGUGAUGGAUGAGCACGCGCGGGGGACCCUGCGCUUCAUCAAGCUGUUCACGGAGCUCUCCUUCACCUCCUUCCAGGGGCUGAUGGUGGCCAUCUUGUACUGCUUUGUCAACAACGAGGUCCAGAUGGAGUUUCGGAAGAGCUGGGAGCGCUGGCGACUCGAGCAUGUGCACAUGCAGAGGGACAGCAGCAUGAAGCCCCUCAAAUGUCCCACCAGCAGCCUGAGCAGCGGGGGCACCGUGGGCAGCAGCGUGUACGCGGCCACCUGCCAGGCCUCCUGCAGCUGA